AAUGAUAUUGCGUUAUAAAUCUCCUUGCCUGCGAGACGGCCGCAGAAGCGCUUAUGGCAUAGUCCCACCCAGGGAGGCGUGUCGUCUCGUGCGCCUUCACCCCUCUCUAAAGCCUUUACUUUGGGACACCUGGGUCAUAUUUGCACUGAGAAGACGUCGGGAAUUACAGCAUUUAGGCGGCGAUGCUAAAACCGUGACGGGGACAGAACGGAGAAGCGCAGAUUGGGAAGCUGCCUUAUCCUUCACUGUUUGAUUUUGGCAAGGGGACGUGUUUCUGUUUCCGAAGAUGUUUUCGCUCCUGUUAACCAUCACUUGGUUUAUUAUAACGAUUGCAUCCGCUCCAACGACCGCGGACAUAAAUACGGCGAUUUCCGUUACCGAUCCGGCGGAAUCGACUGUGCUGACAGACACCGCUGUGCUGUCUGGGACACCCGGGCCACCCACCUUGGACACUUCUGCUCAGUUUUCCAUGCGGCCUGCCCAAGUCUCAGUGGACUCCGUUAGCUCUGCUGCACCCCCUGGCUCCGGCACUAUGGAAACAGGACUGACUGAUGGGUACAGCCCUCUAUCAUCCUCGACAUUAACAGAAACUGACUCUGCCAGCCCUGUGACUCACUCUAAUUGGGUCUCAAUGGAUAUGACCGCAGAGUCUGAACAUAGUUCUUUAGCAUCCUCAAUAUCACCAGAAAGUACCUCUUCCAGUCCUGUUAGUAGCACUGUUUGGGUCCCCGUGGAUGUAGCCACAACAGCUGUCCAUGACCCCGUAGUGUCGCCAACAUCUCCAGAAAAUAAUACCACUAUAAUUAAGAGUACCUCUGAGUAUGUUGCUAUAGAAACAACUACUGUCCGCAUUAGUACAUCAUCUCCUACGUCUCUUGGCUUUGAUCUGAAUACCACUACCCCUAAGGGUAUGGCAAGUUCGGUCGCUGUGGAAGAAAUUACAGAUCCUACUCAUGACCACUUAGUUUCUAGCACCUCUCCAGAGAAUGACACAGUUCCCACCCAGACACCCAAAAAUGUCACAACAGAUCCAGAACUUUCCUCUGGGUUCUUCUCUGUUUCCACGUCUGAUAGUCACUUCAGCAACCCUGUCACUAAUCACGUUACUAUGGAAACAGCUACAGCCCGUAUCUCGAUUGCACCUUCUACACCUAAAGAAACUUUCUCCACCGCCGUGACGAAUACCGAGUUAAACACCAUGGAAACUCUUACGAGCUCCACAAAUAAAGCUGACGUUCCCUUGACAAAAAAUGACACAGUUCCCACCCAGACACCCAAAAAUGUCACAACAGAUCCAGAACUUUCCUCUGGGUUCUUCUCAGUUUCCACAUCUGAUCGUAACUUCAGCAACCCUGUCACUAAUCACGUUACUAUGGAAACAGCUGCAGCCCAUAUCUCGAUUGCACCUUCUACACCAAAAGAAACUUUCUCCACCGCCGUGACGAAUACAGAGUUAAACACCAUGGAAACCAUCACAGUCUCUCCACAUAAGACUGUGUCUAUGUCGCCCGAAAUGAACUCUGAUGGUUAUGGAAGAACUUCAUUUCAGACCACCAUGGAAACUGUUACAGGCUCCACAAAUAAAGCUGGCAUUUCCUUGGCAAAAAAUGAAUCUACUACAUCUUAUCAGGUCACAAUCGUAAAUGUCACAUCAACUAUCUAUAACCCAGGAGUGUCCCAAACAUCUCAAGAAGCUGACCACACCAGCACUGUUCCAUGUUCCACUCAGGUCACACAGCAAAAGGCCACAACUCUUGUUAAUAACCGCACAUCUUCUACAUCUCCAGAAAAUCAGUAUGACACUAGUGUAGCAACGUCUCACCGUAUCACCAUGAAAACUACUGUUGAUAUGCCUACAGCAACUUCUACAUCUCAAGAAAACUACUCUACCAUCCAUAAAAGUUCCCUCAAGCAAGUUACUGUGGAAACAGUGACAAACGUUUCUGAUAAUCUCACAGAAUUUCCAACGUCUGAAAAUUAUUUCUCCACACCAGCUUCAGAUUAUACUGCCUAUAUUCCUGUUGCAUCCUCUGUAACUCCAACAGCGGGCGUCUCUACCCCUGUUGACAUAUCAACUAAAACAGUGACAACCUCUGUCUACAAUCCCACCAAAUCCACUACAUCUCCCAUUGACACCAACGCAACCUUCCCUCAAGGUCCUGCUACAACUCAAGGACUAGAAAGCACCUCGGUUACUGAGUCACCAGGACAAGACACCAGUGAAAUGAGCACAAACCAGUCAACUAGUACCGCUGUAGAUCAAACAUCCAUGGUCAUGACAGAAACUUCAGUGACAACAGUAGCAGGUCCAACUGGUCCCCCUGCAGAUACCACCAGCACCGUGGUUACUGUGACGAGCUAUCAAUACACCAGCUCUACAGUCGCCACGACCACGAUGUUGGUGCCCAUCUCCACCACAGGCAUCCCAGAACAAAGCAGCGGUCAUCCGAUUGUGCCAGUCACCGAAUCCACUACCGCGCUAACCACCACCAAUCCUCCUGUCAGACCUGGAGGUUUCUGUCCCUCGAACCCAUGUCCGUUUAAUAGCGUCUGUCUGGAGCUCAUCACCAGCUUCAGCUGCCUCUGUCUGGCUGGGUCUUACUUCUCCGGGGGGCGCUGCGUCCAAGCUAGAGUGUUUCCAGGAACCCUGCAUGUAAAAACGUUGGCGUUUCAGUCGGAAAUGAGCAACAGGUCAUCCCAGGCGUUUCAGGAAGUGGCGGCGAUGAUCUCACAAGAGUUGGGCGUGGCUCUGAUGGACCAGCCUGGGUAUGUAAAAACCAUCGUCCAGGAACUCAGAGAAGGGAGUGUAGUGGCCUCAGUGGACAACAUAUUCAAGCUCGGCUCCAACGCUACCAAGCAGUCCACCAUCGGGGCCAUAGGUGCUGCCAUCCAGGGCUGUGCUGGAAAUUGCGGCCUCCUGACCUGGGCGGAGUUCAAAGCCACAGACCUGUGCAAACAGGAGCUUGCCCCAUGUGACCUCCAGACGACCAAUUGCGUAUUUCAAGACAAUGGCACCGCCAAGUGCAUCUGCAAGGAGGGCUACAUCCCCUCCCUCUACUCCAACACCUCCUGUGCAGCAUGCCUGAGCGGCGAGAGAUCAGAAAACGGGAAGUGUGUUCCGUGCUCAUUUGGUUAUGGUGGAUUUAACUGCCAUGACUCAUAUCUGCUGGCCAUGGUGGUGAUCUCCUGUGUGUUGGGCAGCCUGUUGCUCAUUCUUCUGCUGGCCUUCAUCAGUUACUAUCUGAGAAGGUCACCGCCCAAGUCCAGUUACAACAGUCCUUACCUGUCUGAUGAGAUGAGCUCCGUGUGGCCGCACCAGGAUGUCACACACAUUCCCCGGGCCAGCAGCAGCUGGGACCCGACCCAAAUGGAGAUGAUGGAGACCGGCAACGCUGACUCCGGGCUGGGCAGCAAGCUGCAUGGAAAUGGCGCGAUGGAGUCUUGCAGUGUUGUCCCCGAAGACAUGAGGACCUUCAAAGGGAAAAACUCUUCAAGAUACUCGUACCUGAUCCAAGGUCACCAAAAUCCAUACUUUGUUGCGGAUGAAAUGAAAAUAACCACAUAGCUUUUUCUUUAUUCAUUUUUAAAACUCAGGAAGGGAAUGUUCAGAUGGACACAGAAUGACCUGCUUUUCCUCUCACGCAAUACCAAGACACAUCCUCAAAUGAUACAAUCAAGCCAGUAGACAGCGCGUAACGACAGCAGAUGCAUCGAUGGUUUCUGUCCUAAUUCAGCAAAACCCAGGAGUAAUUGAUCGACAAUCCCUCUGACUCCAAUAUUGAUCCUUACUAACAGGUUACUCAGACUGAAUGGCACUUGUUACCAAUGUGAUUUAAGGGAGCAGCUUGCAGAUUAUGUAACCCAUCAAGAAUAUUUUCCUCUCGCGCAAUAUGCACAGCUAUUUUCGAGCCACCGUACAGUGCUGAGAUUGCGAUGAGAUGCAAUGCACAGUUUCAGCCAGGAGAUGUCACCAUUUUCACAUUUUUAAUUUCUCCACGCUGCUUUAUGUAUGUGGGGGCGGUGGCCAUAUAUAUAUAUUAGUUCUAGAGUCCUCUCUCUCUAUAUAUAUAUAUAUUUACUAGUGCUUCUUAUGUAUAAUUUGAUUAUGUCCGUUUGUUGUGUAUGAAUGACUGCAUUUCUUGCCGAUAAGCAGGGACGUAAUUUAGCUGCUGUCGCGCAUUUAGUUAAUUGAAUUUUCCGCCCUUUUGUGAGCGUGAUGCCUCAGAAGGCUAGCUGACAGGCAGUCUUCUGGCGCUAAGCGGCAGCAUUCCUCGCCGGAGCGCUGGUCCCGCGGCUUUGUCCUGUGGGAGCUGCUGAUUAACGUGUGCCUGUUGUCGUGCUCCGCUUGAAAAAGCGUGGAGGAGACAUUGAGCUUAUCAUAAAGUGUUUAUCCCGGUUGUGCCAACUAUGUACGUGUGCUUAGGGUCGAAGUGAAUGUAUGUCAAUUAUUUUCAUAUUUCUCCUGUACAUAAGCACCGUUUGCUUAAGGUCUGAGAUGUUGCUCUAUUUUUUAAAUGUACAUAAACCUUUUUAAGUCGGGCAGGCGUUUUUUUGGCAGAGUAUAAUAUUAGUGGAUGAGGAAAUAAAUCAAGACAAUUUGCAGCCGC